UUGAUUACUUUGAUACGAAAAUCGACCAAAGUAAGAAUAUUUACCUAGAGAGGAUCAUGAAGGGUUGCAGCUUAGAUCUUCACCUAUCUCCAAUGGCCUCUACGCUUCAAUCUUGUCAUCAAGAUUCUACAGUUAAUGAUCGUUCUUCAACCAUAAGAUCUAAGGAAAUCAAUGCAUUUUAUAGUGGGAGAUUAAGUGAGUACGAUCUUGUAGAGAUCCAGAUGAGAGCAAUAAUAGAGAUGGCGAGCAAGGAUCGUGAAGUAACAGCGUUAGAGUUAGUGCCGGUGAGACUGGAAUCACCGUUAGGAUGUUCGGUGAAGAGAUCUGUGAAAAGGUUCUUGGAGAAGAGGAAGAAGAGAAGCAAAUCUUUUACACUUACACCUAAUUACACCUCAAGUACUUCCUCAUCAUCCUCCUCUCUUCAUAAUUUCUAAUCAUAAUUUUAUUAUGUUUUCCUUCUAGUUAUCAAUCAAAACAAAAAAAUCUUUGUUUCUUUCUUUUUUCUUUUUUCCAUUAUGGGUUUCUAUAGCUCUCAUUUAUCUCUUGUAAUUUUUCCCGAUACUCGACGAUGAAUUUCGAGUUUUUUUUUUUGAUCUGUUUUAAAUCAAGACAUUCUAGUACCAUUGGAGUCUGUAUAAAAUUCAGAUCAUUUGGAUCGUUAUUUUUUUCCUAAUUCAUGUAUGAAGUGUCACACUUCUCCUACAAUGAAUUAUGAGGUUGUCCGUUUAUUCCAAGUUAGCUCUAUGUACUUUGACGUAAGCUAAUGCAACUUGUAAAAUGUUGGGAACUCUUCUAUUACUUUUUUUCCUUUACAAAAUAAGAAAAUGCACGCAU